AUAAGAUAAGGGUGAGCUGAGACUGACAGGAGUGCUUCUCUCCAUCUUAUCAUGUUUAUUUUCAUCAUUCUUUUUUUAUAUGCCAUGAAUCUGCUAUGCAUGAUGUCAAACGUUAAAGGAAAUACUUGUGAACUUCAGAAAGCUCAAAUGGUGAUUAUGCCCAAUGUUAUUGAAAUGAUGAGCCGUGAGCACACAAUCAGCUGCUCAGCUCCACAGUGUCUCUCUGGAGUGAGGUGCCGCUUCUAUAGGGGAGCUGAAUCAGAGCCGUUCAGAUCAGGGAGCUCAGACAGCAACCAGUGUGACUUCACUGCAAGUGGAGGAGAGCUGCUGGGAGAUGUGGAUCUAAAGAGUGAAGGCUAUCUGCAAUUCAGUUGUGAUUAUGAAAAUAUUAUCAACAGUGAAACCUCUGGGAGAAGUGACAACCUGAAAGUAAUAGUGAAGGAGCUUGUGAAAGCUGAAAUCAAAAGAGCAAGCACAGAGGAUCAGAAGAUUGAAUCUGUCAUGAUGAGAUGUGAAGGGGAUCGGCUAGUUAAGGGAUUUUGUCAUUUUUAUAAGAAUGAAGCUCUUUUCAGAUCAGAGACAUAUGCACAGGUAUCAGUAAAGAAUGUCACUCAAGUGAACCUGAGCUGUGAAAUUGAAGUCAUAAGAGAAAAUGACAAGUGGACAUCACGCAGCAGUAUGAAGGUGACAGUAGAUGUAUAUGGUAAUCUCGGUAAACCAGCAUUGAGUGUAACAUCUGACAUAACUGGAAAGGAAGAAGCAGUAACGCUGACAUGUGAAUUGCCUCAGACAAUCCAUGAAGCUCACUGCCAUUUCUACAGAGAUGACGAUUCGCAUCCAUUCAAGUCAAAGAGCUCAGAAGAUAACAAGUGUGAGCUGUCUGUGGAUGGACAUGAACUGCUAGGAGGUCGAGCUACAGGGAUGGAGACUGAGAUUCAAUUGAGGUGUGACUACACUCUGAAUAUGAGCCCAGAGAUUCAUUCACAGUACAGCAAGAACAGGAGUGUAAGAGUGCUGG